GACUUUUAUAUCCAUAUUUACACAAUUUUAAAACAGUGUAUGUUAAAUGGAAGGGACAAAGUUAUGAGGUAGAACUUGAUACUGAUGCGCCGGCUAGUGAUUUCAAGGCUCAACUCUUUUCCAUGACUGAUGUUGAGCCCAGCAGACAGAAGAUCAUGAUUAAGGGUGGAAUUUUGAAG